AUGGGCCACGCAGAACAACACGACUCAUCGCCCUUUGGCGCAUCGCCAAUACGUCAAGGUCAACUAGGCAGUCCGGCGCUGGAUCGCCGAAACACAACAAGCAGCAACAGCGCGAGCAGUGAGAAUAAUGUGUGCAGCCAGUGCAGCAGCAGGAAUGACAGCAGAAGUCAACGUUACAGGACUAGUCAACAUACUUCACCACAACCACUGAGCAGAACCCAGAGCGACAAAGGCGAACCUAUCGAUGAUGGGAUUUAUACUCCGCCACCGUUUACUAGUCCCAGCGUCGUUUCCAGCGUUGCCUUUUCUAAUCCCGGGUUCAGCAUCAGUCCAGUCAGACGGGACUUAUCUCAUACUCAUACAACACUUCCCGAAGGUAUUGAUGCCGUGACGUCUCGGGCCGCAAGGCAUGACCUAGCAAGGCGUCUGAGUCAACUGGCCCGGCGACUCACUUACGAUGGCUCCGAAAGCGUUGACGAGAUGAUCGUUGGAAGCCAGCUCGAGCAGCUUGAGAAGGUCGUAGGUAGUGGCAAAGGUGCUGAAGCUAGCAAGCCUCAACACCAAAUAAGCUUUGAUAGCCCGGGCCGAAGCGACGUUGGCUCCGUGUUAGGAUCGCCAGUUUCAUCUCUGUUCAGAUCCCGCUUUUCGGACCUGUCAGCAUCGCUGCAUAGAGAGCGCGAGGCCGAAAAGGAGCAAGUGGAGGAACCUCCCCAAAAGAAGGGCAUGUCUGGAGCGCAGGCGAAGAAGGUUAUUGCAGAUAUGACCAAGCUGAACGACGAACUGUCCACCGUGGUGAACAAUCUCAAGGCUCGGCAAGAGGAAUCUGAGCACAUCCAAGGACUUCUCAUUGAGCGGGCAGAACGAGCGGCGCAGCGCAUCAUCUUUUUGCAGAAUCGGAUUUCUUAUUUAGAGGAAGAGCUGCAAGAGAAUGAUGGCGAGCUGCAGCACCUGCGGAUAUGCCUGAAAGCCGUGGAGAUUCAAAUGCCACCACACCCCGACAAGGAACUUCAGCGAUGUAUAGCCACGUUCAAGGACGACUACCAAGCGCUCAAACGCAAGCGAGCGCACCGGGCUAGCAUGGCCAGUGUCCGAGGCUACGACCCGCCUCGACUUGGGACACCAUUACGAUGA